AUGGCCACCACCGUCGCUACACGCGGUCAACCACCGAAAACUGGCGGCAAGACAGCUCCAAUUCCACCAAACCAGACGCUCUACGUUACAAAUCUACCUUCGAAUAAGAUCAACAAGACAGACCUAAAAACGGCACUCUACAUGCUAUUCUCGACCUACGGCCCUGUGCUUGACAUUGUGACUCUAAAGACCAUAAAAAUGCGUGGCCAGUCUCACGUCGUCUUUCGCGAUGUGCAGGCAGCGACUCAAGCAUUAAGGUCCUUACAAGGUUUCAAAUUCUUAGGACUGGAACUUCGGAUCGAGUAUGCGAAGUCCAAAUCAGAUAUCAUCGCGAAACUAGACGGUACAUAUAAGCUUCCGGGAUCUGCCGCCGCCAAUAUCGAGAUGACGGAAGCCCAGCAGAACAUCUUCAAUGCUCCGGCACCUGGCACUACUACCACCAGCACACCUGCGGCAGCCUCCACCCCUCAUGGUCUUCCUACGAAGCCUCCGCAGAGCUCCGACCAUGCGAUGGCGGAUGCAGACGGCCCUGAUGCUCGCGGGCAAAAACGAACUCGCGACGAAGAGGAGGAAGAAGAUAGCGACGAAGAUGUGGCGAUGGAGGAAGAUAGCGAUGAUGAAUGA